AAUAUUUACAAAUAAUAAUGUCAGUGGAAUUAAGUAAUACGAAUGAAAUAAAAGAAAACUUUGUAGUGGAAGAAGACUUAGUCAAAGGAAUUAAAACAGAUGAGCAACUAAUAGUAGAGAAUAAAUAUGAUAAUGAUUUUGCUGAUGAAGCAAAGGUGGAAACUGAAGAUACGAAAUAUGAUUCUCGUGGUACCAUUGAUGAUCUGUUCAAUAAUUAUAAUUUACGUAAAACCAAACGUACAGUAAUCAAAGAAGAUGUAUGUGAUGCUGAAGAAGACAAAUAUGUACCGAAAAAAAAGAAGAAACAAAAAGAUGAAAAGUACCAAAACAUAUGUUAUAAAUGUAAAAUAUGCAACAAUACAUUUAUAAACGAAACAACAUUCAAUAUUCAUAAGAAAAUUCACCAAAAAGACAUGGAAUAUACUUGUGAUCUAUGCAAAGAGACGUUCGAUACUAAUGAUCACCUCUUAAAACAUAAAAAAACCAGGCACAUUAACGACAAUGACUGUUACCUGUGCCAGAAAUGUAAAAUGGCUUUCUCUGAUCAUCGAUCUUAUAUAAAUCACAGAAUAGUCCAUUUAAAACCUCCAUACAAAUGCUUCGAGUGCAACUUUCAAUUCACAAAGAAAAACUCCCUUAACGCCCAUAUAUUUAUGCAUUAUAAUAUCGAAAAUGAGUGCAGUAUAUGUAAGGAAAUGGUACACCACAAAAAAAUGGCAACACACCUGGAAAAACACAAUACCAUACAGUGCAUUGAAUGUGGAAAGAACGUAAAAAAAUCUUUCCACAGCUAUCAUAUGCUCGUGCACACUGGUGUCAAGAAAUAUCAAUGUUGGUACUGCGGUCAGGGUUUCUUUUCCAGCGCACAAAGGGCAGUACACACGCGAAAACAUACGGGCGAGCGACCGUACAGCUGCAAGCAAUGCAACCGGACGUUCACACAGUCCGUCGAUCUCAGACGGCACCUGAUACAGCACAAGCAAUCAGCUGAACACUAUGAAUGCGAUCACUGCGGGAAGAAGUAUUCAGUUAAACAGUCGUUAAUAACACACAUGCGUAUCCACAGCAACUAUAAGCCGUACAAGUGCCCCUUCUGCUCACAAAGAUUCCACACGUCCACGUAUCUGACACUGCACACAUACAAGAAGCAUGUGAAAGAGAACCGGUUCAAAUGUAACUUCUGCAACAAAAGCUUUAAAACAAAUACUGACCUUGGUAAACACGUGAAGACUAAGGAGCAUCAAAAAAUGGCAUAUAAACAUACUAUAAAUGUUUAAAUUCUCAUACAAAAUGGGAUUAGAUCAGUCGAGCAGAUAUGCAAUCCAUGAUGGAGGCAUUGACAGCCAGCCCUAUGUUACGCAAAGAUGGCAUCUUCAAAAUAUCUCUAAAUCUAGAAGGUUUAUUUCCAUUAAGAUCAGUCAUGAGAUAAGUAUGGGCUUUUGAAAAGCACUAACAAGGCCCUUAUAUAUAAAGUGAAUUCCCAUGUCCUUUUUACGUUUUGCUGAUUGAUUGAUUUGAUUCUUUUGUAGACAAGCAGAUAAGCGACCUGCGCCACCACCACCACUGGCUAACAAACCCAUGACCCAUGACCUCUGUACCAUAAAGAUGUUCCAACUAUUCAUAAAUACCCUCAAAUUCCUACAUAUUAAUGAACAAAGAGAUAAUCAUAUAUACAUAUUUUUAAUUUUAUAAAAAAAAAUUAAACAUAUGGAUUAUAAAAGUUUAUUUUCACAUAUACGGAACAACGUCAGUUAGCAUUAAAAGAACAUUACAAGUAUUAACCUAGUACAUUGGUUAAUUCGUGCACAACCCACAUUCGCCAUAAUGGGAACUCAGUUCCACAGUCCAGUCUCUUAACCACCAAUUCUAUUAGAAAUAGAUCCAUAUUCAAUCUUAGUGUUUACAUUCUCCAGUCUUUAAUGCUAAAAUGGGCAGUAUAACAGAUAACCUACUAAUAUUAUAUUAAAAUUUUACACCAAUACAUGCACAAUUAUUAUAACUUAGUUAUUUUCUUAUAUUACCAUCGGCAAUGGAUCUGGUGGGACGCCUGAUGGUAAGCGUUACCACCGCCCG